AUGAAGGCAUGCGAAGGAGAGUUACAUGAAGGAUGGCAAAAUCCUGACGGAUUCUGGGGAAAUGUAACGAUGAAGUGCGGACAUUCCAACACCGAUUAUCUGCGCAGGGCAAUGUACAUGGUUUGGCACAAGAACACAGGCAAUAUUAAAGAAAAGUUCUACAACCCUGUUACUUCUACAUUGGAAAAGAGUGUCAAUGAAAUAGUAUGUACUAUAAAUAUAAAGCCUUUUUUGUACUUUUAUAGGCAAACACAUUUUUACAGCACCCACAGCCAUGGCAUGCACGCUGCAUGGCCAAAUAGAGUUAUUUUGAACCAAAUUUAACUCCAAAUGCAAAGUUAAAUGUUAUCUACAAAUAAAUGUACAGUUUCCAAAUUAACGCAGCAAACUUUGUUCCCUUGUUAACAUUUUUAGCUAACAAACAUAGCAAAAUUUCGUCAAAUUACCCUGCUGCAAGUCGAAUGCAUUUUUCGCGUGAUGAAUUUCACGCGCCAUAAUGAAACAGUCUGCCGCUUAUUGUAAGGGAUAUUAUAUUUCCAAUAACACAACAUUCAUUGCGCAUUCAAGCCGAUAUCUUGAAGCAUAGUUAAUGCUUGAAAGGAAGUAUGCCAUGGUGGAAAAGACCGAGUGAACUAUAUGUGCUAUUAAUUUGUAAUUCACAAGCUAUUUUUCAUUGAAAAUAAGAAACAGUCAACAAUUAAUACUGAAUAAUCGCAAGAUAGCGCACUAUAAGAAGCUUUUAUUUAUCAGCAGUUCAAAGGUCAGCUGUCGCAAAUGAUACUUAUUGCUAUACAAAGAGCCAAUUAUUACAUCAAAACUGAAUAGUAUACCGACUUCUUUGCAUUGUAUAUACCAAAAUAAUCCUGUCGCUCAUAUAUACUAUAUUUUGAUUUGAAGCAAACGCCCGAAUUCACUAAAAUACUCACACAAGGGGUGAAUAUUCUAACAGACGCAUUACUGACAGAUCGCGCGUGCAACACUCGCGCAAGAUAUCAUCCAAGCGUGGGCAGACCCAGGCAUUAACAUGCCUGAGUGUUUUAAAGAAAAAAGAUUGUAUAUAUAGAGCAAGUAAUUGAAAUGGUAGUAGUCCCAAUAUUUAAAAAAAAUGUAAGCCAUGACGUAAGUUAUCUGUCAGGGAAAAUCAAAAGGUCACGCGUUGUCCAAUCGCCUUCAGGGGACCGUCGCCUAAAGGCGAGUUAAGUCAAUGGCAUGGUGCUAAUCAGUGGGUGGAACUGGAACCAUAAUUGAUCCUUCCGCUUCCUGUUUGAUGUUUGUGUUAAUUUGGUAACAUUCGAGUCCUUCAUUUUUGGGCGAAAUAUUAUAGUCUUUUGGUUCUAUAUGUGCAGGUGAAAUUUCUAAUAUGCUUUGAUGAUUUUUAUAUAUAUCUGUCGUUGCAAUGAGGAAAGCUUUACUUAAACCCAUGGAUGUUAUAAAACAUUUAUUAUUUUUAUUAUUAUUAUUAUUAUCAGCUUUCUACACCAUAUAUAAAAUUAAUUGUAUAUAUGGUGUAGAAAGCUGAUAAAAAUAAUAAAUGUUCAACGACAGACCAAGACUAUAAUAAUAUUUUGCCCAAAAAUGAAGGACUCGAAUCUCACCAAAUUAACACGAGUUUGACUAAUGGUCGCGUGUUGCGGGUAAAAUGUUGCGGGUCGCGGGUAAAAAGUCGCGGGUCGUAAAAAAGCUCUAAACCAUGUAUUUUAUUGAGUCGCGGGUUGAAUAAGGUGUGUAAAAAUCACAUUAACAUUUAGUUAUUUAAUGGUUUUUAUCAAUAGUUGUUCGAAGAUGUUAUGGCUGAAAUUGUGAUUUUCUAGAUAAAUAUAGACAAGAACCAUAUAACAUUAUUGUAAAGCACGUUGAUUGACGGUAAUGCAAAAGGAUCCUGUUACACAUUCCUAUGUUUAUAGUCCUGAUUUUAGUAACACAUAUUACCAUCCAAUUUCUACCAUAUCAGGUGUAAAAAUCCGCUAUUCAGUGGCUCAGUGCGCAUUGUCGUCAAGCCUCUGCGCAUCGAUCAGUACUUUCCAGAAACAAGUGCUAGAGAACAGCGACUAAAAUAUCCGGGUUGUUGGUGAAUCAUAAUGUACUUUUAUAAUGUCCUAGCAUGGAUAUAUCUAUUAUUUGCGAUACUAUAUGGUUGUUUUUAAAUUGGUAUAAAACUGAUUGUAAUAGAUAGAUAGAUAGAUUUUAUUUUGACACGCUAACUAUGUCAAUUAAAAACAUUGAUUUCCACGAUGGGUGUGUGUUCAAAAGUUAUUAUAUAUAAGUGUUGUUAUGACUCUUAUGGAAUCAAGUAAAAGAAAAUAGAAAUAAUCUAACUGUUCCAAUUGACAAAAUUGACAAUAUAGACAUAGUAGUGGUAAACUGAAUUUAUCUCUACCAAAGUCUUGUUUGUUUCUUUCAGAACAUAUUUUUUGAUUGGAGGAUUUUUGUCGUGGUAUAAUUGUUGGUUUAACAUAUUGAAAUUAUUCUUUCAAGUUUUAGGCUUCUGGCACGUUUAUAUAUAACCAUUAAAUCAUGACAAAAGGCUCUUGGGCAAUAUUUCAUAUUGAAGCAAUCCUAUAUAGUUGUUAAAAAAAAAUUGUUAAAAAAUAAAUAAAAAUUACUUUUAAAUUCUUGAAACUGGAAGUAUUUGAAACCAUAUAAUUUUUGCAUAUAUGUAUAUCAUAUUAAUAAUGUAUCUACAAUUCAUAUAUGCCCUUUAUAAUACAACUAGUACAGUAUAAGUCGACAGCUAAAUUAAUUAUUAUUAUUGUUUCAGGAAAUUGAAUCAGACAUUCAAAUUCCAAUUUCAAACUCAUUCUCAAUUUUAGAAGAUGAAUUAGUAAGUUCACAGUUACUCGUGUAUAUAUUACCCAUUUCAUAUAUAUACAUGUCCUUAAAUUGGGGAAUAGAAAGACACUAAAUGGAGCGGCAAAGGCCGGUGGUAUAAAAGGCGUGGUAGAGUAUUUUAUAAUAAAGUAUAUAUUAUCCCCGAGCCGGCGCCAUGCGAGGGUACUAAUUCCCCCCGGCUAUUUACACCCAGGGAAAAGUUCAUCAAUGAGCGCGGGCGUCGGUCACCAACGAUGGGUGGUCAUCCUCACUGAUCUCAAAAAUAUGGCGGACUGUCAUGAAUAACGGACACUGAUUGGUCCAAUUUAAAGUUUGCAUUAUAACGACUGCAUGACGACAGCGAAAUAGCAAACAUGUCUUGAUUUGAUGAUUGAUAAAUUUUUUGCAAAUAUAUUUCGUUUUUGCUCGUAUUUCUGCAAGAUUUUGUAAAUUUCAAGAAAGAAAGGGCGAAAGAAUCAGUUAAAAGAAGGGAGCCAACGUUAACGAAGGUAAGUUUGUUUUAAAUAUUGAUUUUAUAAUGGCUUUAAAACCCGACGGCCUUUGCGUAUAUGAAACAUGAACUAAACAAUACAGCAUAUAAUUUCAGUGUAUCUUUAAUAUUGAUUCCCUUUUUUAUUAUAUUGAAUUUUUUAAAUAAAAAAUAAAGCAAAGUUAUUUGCAAGUGAGAAUUUGAAAUCAUUUUAUUGCAAACUCAAAGUUUAUUGAUAAAGCCAUUUAAUAGUUAAAGGCAGUUUAGUUUUAUAAAGAACACUUUAAAACGUUUUGUGAAUUGUUUGUGGUUGAAUUUUACCUUAAAUUGAAGCUUGUAUUACGUAUAAUUACAUACCUAACAUAUAUAUGUUGGGAAAUUGAUAAUUUUGUAAUUAGAAGUGAUAUUUUUAGACGAUAUUCAUUUGUAAGAAUAUUCUUAAAAAAUUAUCGUGUUACCUUGACAACUACUUUAGAUACUUCAUGUUCGGAAAAUACAACGGUUUUGUCAGCAAGGCGAGGGGGUUUCUGCAUGAUUUUCUAGUUUAAUACGAAAUAUAGUGCAUUAGUGGUUAAAUAAAGAGUUAAGAGUUUCAUACAACCGAUUGCAAUGGCAUGCCAUUGAAAUGGCACUUCAUGGAUAAUAGUUUGUUAGCACAGAGUUUGUAGUGUUUGGUUCUGACAAAGUAAACUGAACUAUGUGUACAGUAAUAAUUAGUCCAUAACUUAUGCAUACAGUUGAUCAAUAUUUUAGAAUUCAAUAAGUGUUCAAUAGUUGGUUUUACAUGUUUCCUUCCGUGCAAAUAGUAACGAUCAGUUACAAUUUUGAGUACGUUCAACUAGCUAUAAUAAUAUUUUAUUAUAUAUAGUGCCAAGCUAGCGAUAUAGAAUGUGAUCUACAAAGUGAAGAAAAUGUUAUAUGGACUAAUAAUGUGAGUACAUACAUAAUAUUGAAUAAUCGAAUACAUGCAUAUACGUAGUAAUCAGGGGCGUAGCUAGACCGCUAAUAGGGGGUGCAUAUAUUUGUGUUCUGCCCAAUGGAUUUCUUUUGAAAAUUGUUGUUUACGAUAUAUGCAUGUGAACAUAAAUACAUGAAUAUACCCCUCCAAUUAUCCCGCAGGUAGUAAUAUCGAACUAUAAAUAUAUAUUUCGAGAUGAUAAUUAAUUUCUACAGGUAAUCGGAUCUAUCAUUCCAGUUGAUGAACGUACAUUUCUAUCAUCACGUGCCAAGUUAGGGAGAAGGAACCGUAGAGCAAAAUCUUUUAAUGAAGCGGUAAGAGGUUCAAAACCAAAAUUUAAUUUAGAUGAAUUCCCAGAAUUAGAAAAUGAAGAAGAUACAAGUGAUGGUAUGUCUGAUUACAUAAACCAAUCUAGUUCAAAAGGGAAGCCUAAACGAGAUGGUAUGACAGAAGAGAACGGCAGUACAUAUGUCCCUCCAAAAUGUAAACAAGAAAUGCCGAUUCGUAUUGAUGAAAGGAAUCCAACCAUUACAAUCGAUACUGGAAAGCGAAAGAAUGAAAGUUUGUUGCCAGUCCGUGCCCGUACUACAAAAAGAACAAGACGAAUACCGAGAAAGUACACACCAAACAGUACUAAAAACAGUGUUUAUUGCCUUUGCCAAAUAGAGGAUAGUGGAUGGUAUAUAGUUUGUAGUUUUCAAUAUGCCGGCUGUUUGAUUUAUUACCAUCCAAAGUGUGUUGGUCUUGGUCAUUUACAUUCUCGAGACAAUGGUGCAAGGUACAGUAAUUGUGACGAUGGCAAGUCGUAUAUGUGUCCUGUAUGCGAUAAAAAAAAGAACACCGUAGGCAGACCCAUGCACAUCGCUACGCCAUUGACCCAGAAUGGAAAUUUGUCUGAAGGACGUAGACAAGAAGGGUCGUAUGAGAAUUACCGCUCCAGUUGUAGCUCUAGUUGUAGCACAAAAGCAUCGGAAGAUAAAGAUGAAGGUGGACUAAGCGAAAAGGAAAGCAUAACAUCCAAUCAGAGUAAUACUAAUUCAGCGCAACCUUCAACCUUCAAACACCUGGAAGAUCACUGUGAGAACACACAACAACCCUCGCAUGGUACAGAUAUUGGUAGUGUAGGAGAUGCGUCAGACGAUGAUGCAUUGAUGACUCAAAUACAUGUUUUCCCGCCAAAGAGGAAACAGAGAAGCCAAGCUGUGUUGAAGGAAAUGUAA